CGAAUUGGUGCCAAACAAAAAGUUUCACGUCUUUUAAAAACACAAAAACAUUGCCUUUUAAUUGUUGUCCAUAAAAAUCAUGUUAUAUUUGAUUGGUUUGGGUUUAGGCGACGCCAAAGACAUCACUGUUAAGGGUCUGGAAAUUGUCCGCAAAGCCAAACACGUGUUUCUCGAGGCCUACACUUCCAUACUAUCGGUUCCCAAAGAAACUCUUGAAGAGUUUUACGGCAGAGAAGUAGUGAUCGCUGACAGAGAUUUUGUGGAACAGUCUUCCGAUGAUAUACUGACCGAUGCUAUCGAUAACGAUGUGGCCUUUCUUGUGGUCGGAGACCCUCUCGGAGCGACAACUCAUACAGACCUGAUCCUAAGGGCGCACCAGAAGGGGGUUCGACACCGACUGAUACACAACGCGUCGAUUAUCAACGCUUGCGGUGCU